AUAUUUGCACAAUACAUUCGACGACUGACGCUUUCCAGUUUUCCAGACGCUCCGAACGUCCACAUCAGCCAGCAGGUAGGGCGCCUGUGGCGAAACCUCUCCAAUGACUUUAGAGAGGUUUACGCAAAAGAAGCGCGUCGGCUUCAGAGCCUUCACUCUCUUGAGUUCCCCGACUACAAGUAUCAACCACGUCGACGUCUACGGACCCUCGACGGCGAUGAAGUCGAUUGCCAUCCCUCUCCUUUGUGCUCGGCAAGCAAUCCCCCAUCAUCUAAUAUCAACGUUGUCAAUAGUUACUUUGAUGAACUUCUCCAAAAUGGUCGCCCCAAGAGUCAACCGAAGCCUUCAUUUCCAAGCGAAUUUGGUUCCAAAGAGCGAACAAACUUCACCGACGGUCUGUUGGACUUUACUGUAUUGCGCUAUAACCCUAAUAUGGACACUCUUACAUCGCCCCAAAGCAUUAAUGGCGAGAGGAGCAUUAUGAAGUACCAACCCGAAGACUCCAACGUUUACCAGCCUGCAUUUAACUAUCCUGCAAUCACUGACAGUGCUGCCAAUCGAUUGAGCUGGUUGGAUGCCAGGUCGAUCGAGCCGUUCGGUCUCCCAACCCAAACACAAGUAACAUUUACUGGAUCUUCCUUUUUGCAACCAGAGAACAUUUUUCCGUCCAACGAACACUGGUACCAAUACCAUAAGGAGGGCUCCUUUGGAGACCCGUUACCCCUUCCGGGGAUCGAAACAUGGACAUUCAGUGGUUCCACCAUCUAG